AUGUCAACAAAUGAUCCAAAUGAGUUUUGGCGCAAUAUUAAAAACUUGGGUCCCCAAAAACGUAAAGACAUUCAAAUUGAAAUAGUGGACAGUCUGGGAUCAGUCAUACGUGUCAAGCACGUUGUUUUCGAGCGCAGGAGACAGGAUUUUCAGAACUUGUAUAAUUCACAGGAUGAUAAAGAUUUUGAUGAGGAUUAUUAUAAUCGUGCUAAACUACAUACGCAUCUUCAAGAAAUGAACAUUUCAGUUCCCCUCUAUGAACCAAAUCAUACGUUAAAUACGAACAUCACAGUGAAAGAGUGUGCAUUUUUUGUCAUUAAAGCGAAAUUGGAUUCUGCUUGCGGCUUUGAACGUAUUCCGUACGACGUGCUUAAGUAUCCGGUAAAUAUCUCAGUUCUACAACAUUUAUUUCAAAUGAUAUUCGACCUCAGCAUUAUACUAUCAAUAUGGAGAAAAUCUGUAAUUUGUCCAAUCAUCAAAAACUCAGAAUCAGACGCACGAGUACCAAUUCAGUACCGUGGAAUAAGCCUGUUAUCUUGUAUAAGUAAACUAUAUAGCUCAUUUCUUAACAAACGAUUGGCAGAAUAUCUAGAAGGUGCCAAUAUACUAGCUGAUAAACAUAAUGGAUUUCGCUCUAAAAGAUCUUGUGAGGACCACGUGUUUUCUCCUAACAGUAUUAUACGCAACAAUAAAUCGGUGUUUAUGGCAUUUAUUGACUUAAAACGUUGUUUCGAUUACAUAGACAGAGACAUGCUUUUAAACAAGCUUCUUAACAACAACAUUGACGGAAAGAUGUAUAAUUCUAUAAAAAAAACAUAUACGCUAGCUCCAGUCCGUGUGUGA